GUGCCGCGGCGGCGGGGUCAUGUCAUCGGCUCUCCCGUUUGCAACAAGCGGAGAGGCUGGAAGCGUUUGCAAAAGCUGGGCACUCCGGCGGGGUUGCGUCGGCUGGCCAGAGCCGCUUCUGAGCCUGCGGGGUGUGGAAGGGCCUUGCACGCUCCCCUUAAAAUGAGGGAAUGCAACCGGCUGGGUGGAUCGUGAACAGAAAGAUGUUCCAGACGUUAUACAAUUACUUUUGGUGGGACCGGCUCUGGUUGCCAGUGAACCUGACAUGGUCGGACCUGGAAGACCAGGAUGGGCGGGUCUAUGCCAAGGCUUCGGACCUCUACAUCACCAUCCCCUUAGCCUUCCUUUUCCUCAUCGUCAGGCACCUCUUUGAAAUAUAUGUGGCUACCCCACUAGCCGGGCUUUUGAAUGUCAAGGAGAAGAUCCGAUUAAAAGCCACCCCGAAUCCCGUGCUAGAAAAGUUCUACGCUUCAUCCACAAAACACCCCAAACAGGGCGACGUCGAGAUGCUCUCCAAGAAGAGCGGCUGCAUGGUCCGGCAGGUGGAGCGCUGGUUCCGACGCAGGCGCAACCAGGACAGGCCCAGCUUGCUCAAGAAGUUCCGGGAGGCCAGUUGGCGAUUCACCUUUUACCUUAUUGCUUUCAUUGCUGGCAUGGCCGUCAUAGUGGACAAGCCCUGGUUCUACGACUUGAAGGAAGUGUGGAAAGGGUACCCGAUCCAGACCACGUUGCCGUCGCAGUACUGGUACUACAUGAUUGAGCUGUCGUUCUACUGGUCCCUGCUCUUCAGCAUCGCCUCCGACGUGAAGCGCAAGGACUUCAAAGAGCAGAUCAUCCAUCAUGUGGCCACCAUCAUCCUGAUCAGCUUUUCCUGGUUCGCCAAUUACAUCCGGGCGGGGACGCUGAUCAUGGCCCUGCAUGACUCUUCCGACUACCUGCUGGAGUCUGCCAAGAUGUUUAACUACGCCGGCUGGAAGAACACCUGCAACAACAUCUUCAUCGUGUUCGCCGCCGUCUUCAUCGUCACGCGCCUCGUCAUCCUGCCCUUCUGGAUCAUGCACUGCACGGUGGUCUAUCCUCUGGACCUGUACCCGCCCUUCUUCGGCUAUUACUUCUUCAACUUCAUGAUGGUGGUACUCCAAUCGCUGCAUGUCUUCUGGGCGUAUCUCAUCAUCCGCAUGGCCCACAAGUUCAUAACUGGAAAGGUGGUGGAAGACGAGAGGAGUGAUCGCGAAGAGACCGACAACACGGAGGAGGAGGAAGUGACGAAGAACGGGCCCCUUUCCAACGGGCACCCCGUCCUGAACAACAACCACCGGAAAACCGAUUGAUUUUAGGCGCACGUGGAGGUGUCACCAGCUUGCCGCCCGGCCCCACCACCACGGGCGUGAGCUGAGAAGGCCAAAACUUUGAGAACUUCAGCUUCCACCCUGCCACCAAGAGUAGUGCCAGGGUCUCCCUCCUGUCCCCUAUAAAUAGUUACUCCCCCUCUUCUCCCAAAACUGAUCUAGUGGAAGGAAAUAGCUGACCCAUCUAGGGGGGAGGCUAAAGGCAUGGAUCCUGGAGUGGCAGCACCAACCUACACGUGUGCUUAGAAUACAUCAUUUGAGGUCAAUUUUCUUUCCUAUCGCUGCAGAUGGAAAUGUGCCAACUUUGUGGGGGGGAGGGGUGGUAGCACUUUGUGCCACCGCCAUACAGUAGUGUCCUUUCUCUCUGUAUCCUCACCCAGCUGCCUUAAAACCAAACUGGGAUGCAAGGAUUCCCUUCUGCAAGACUAUCUGGCCCCAUCCCCAACUCUAGGGGCAUAGUGGAAGGCACAGCCAGAUUGCUACAUGAGGGAGAGAUGGCAAAUUGCUCUCACUUUUUUUGUGUUUUUUACACACACACACAGAGAAAGCUGGCGCCAGUUCCUUCCCAGUCUGUUUUAUUGGUGAGGUAUGGUUUCAUUGCCUCUCUAGUCGCUUUUUUCUCACCUCUCAAGUUUCUGGAAGGGAAUUCCCUAGCUGUGUUGCUGGUGGAAAUAACGCACAAAAAGCGGAAGUCUGUUGUCUCUUUAAUGUCCUCUGAGGGUUUGGAUUCAAUUGCAAAGACUCGCUCGUUCCCCUUUGUUGGGUUUUUUUUUAAAUGACUGCAAGCCCUCUCCCCAAACUCCUUUCCAGCUGCAGAGGAAAUUGUAGUGUUUCCCAUGCAGAAGGGGCAUAGAAUUUUGCUUUCUUGGGUAAUAGCAAAACCAUGAAAUCAAAGCCUAGGCAGGCCAAAGACUCUCCUGUCAGUUUCAGCUCUGCCUCUUAGCUAAGUGGAUUCGUGCAGUUCAGGCCCUUCUGGGAGCCUUUUGCUCAGCUGCAGAGUGAAGGAGUUCAGGGACUAAGAUGAAGGGGUCUAGUUUUGAAAGAAGACCCUGGUCCCCAUUUUGACUUUGCUACUUGCCACAGUUAGUGAAUGGAGGUCAAAGCUUUGGCGGCUGGCUCCCCAGCGUGACCGAAAUGUGCCCAUUGCGCCCAGAAAAGCAAAGGAAUUGGGGGAGCAGGCAGGAAGAGCAGCCAGAAUGAAUUUGUGCUCUGUUUACAGCUCACCACCACAGUAACAGACUUGUGGGAUCAGGUGACAUUUGUUCUACCAGGGGGGAGGCUAGAUUAAGUAGAUGAAGGUCUGGGUAUUAAUGGCUGAUUUAAUAGACACUAUGGAAUACUUGCUGGAAGGAAGCUGUGUGGUUUAGACAUGCUCCCUCGUACCUAUUUCGGUGGGAUUUAAUACGUCCCGUUAUGUUGCUCUAUGAGAAUUGGUCCUGAUCACCCUUAAGAACGAUCUAUUCCACUUCCCUUCUAACGCGCUGCUCCCCCCUCUGCCCAGGCUGUAAAUCAACACAUGAAUUUACAACUGAAUUUUUUUCCCUAUUUAUUUGUUUUAAAGCGAGGACUAAGUACAAAGAGGAACUGGAGCGCAGAGAGCCUUCCCUGUAAACCCAGAUUUGGUGGGGGCUGAAAUGCUGAAGGCAUUAAAACUUUCCAGGCUAGACAGAGGGGUUGGAGAAAAGGACCAUUAACCUAACUUCAGACCAAAAUGUUGUUUUUUUAAAAGUUAAAAUUUAUUAAAAGUUAAAUAAAACUAAAACUUCUGUAAAAA